AGGCUUUUCAGGACAAGAUGGCGGCCUCGCCAUAAUAAAUAGCAACAAUAAGUCAUGGAGGAAUUGAACAGUAAUGCGGAGGAUUUCCCGAAUGGUACACUCGUCUUAAUAUUUUCAAGUGUAUUUACGUUAUGUUCAAAGUGCAAGCACUUUGUACUUAUAUUGUUUUUUGUGUUAUCACAGACCUUUCUUCCCUCAGGGAAGAAAUUAGAAGUCUGAGGCAAAGAGAGCAGCAGCUUUUAAAAUAUAAACAACAAAGCGAAAUUGAAUUUGGACAAAGAAGAGCAAAGUUUAAGGAACUCUAUUUAGCAAGAGAAGGUAACGACCUUGUAAUUCUUCUUUACCUGUUUAGUGUUGCAAUUUUGGGAGAUAUUAAGUUUUCUACGUAUAAGCUUAAGCUUAAGCUUAUCACUGUAUCUUGAUACGUGUCCUUCAGCUAAUAUGAGAAGUUUAUUUAUGAACAGUAGGCUUUUGUCACACGCCAUAUUUGUAACUUAAGUUGGAUUACUCUAAUGUGACUGCAUUCCACUGUUAUGUUUGAAAAGGCACAUGCCGCUGUAAUCAUAAUAUUUAUUAGAGAGUUUUAGAUCCGAGUUUACCGCGAACCUCUAACCGCGGUUUGCGGUUACCCGUUUCCGGUUCGAAGUUCAAACAUAAUUCGAUUUAGAUUGGCGGUGGUUUAAAGAAGUGGAUUCUGGUUUAUUUUUCCAUUUAGAAAUAUAUAGAAGAAAUAUCAAUCAGUGAAAAUAAAAGAAAUUUAGAAUAACACUUGGUUAUCUAGCAGCAAAGAGCUGUAAAUUCUUACAUUAGUUCUUCUUGCAAAUUUACGGCCGCCACUUUGAAUCAGCAGCCAUGAAUGGCACUUGUUUUCAAGAUCCAAUAGGAUUUAUCAAAUUUAGCAUUUCGCCCGAAUUUGCGCCUCUGUUAAUGGAUAAAGACUUGCUCCACAAGAUUUUUGUAUCAUUACGUGAGAUAAAACAAGAAUUAUACACUAAAAGCUUUCAGGUAAAUGACCUACGUGAAAACCUACCUCCCCACGUUGAAAACGCACGUCGUAAACCUCAAACGUGACGCGAAAGACUUGUCAUGUGACCUUCAGCGGUUAGAGGUUCGCGGUAAACUCGGAUCUAAAACUCUCUAUUCAAAGUGGACAGACUGCAAAUAUUAUUAUAGUAGUUGCUAAAAUUAUAUAUAUCUACGUGUCACAGCUGUUCAUCAGUAGAAUCCCUAAAAUGCAUGCAAUUCCACAAUUGGUUUCGGCUCCAGCUUAAUAAGUCAACAGAAGUUCAUGUUUCCAAAGAUUUUGAGUUGCAGUUUGAAUGAUGGCAGGGAAUGUUACUGUGACAGAAAAAUGUAAUUAACAAUAUUACUGGAAAAGUAAUACUAAUAGUUAUUCAUUCUAAAUCUUCAUUUCUGAUAGGCUGUAAUAUUAAUCCCUGGGCUAAUUCUCCAUAACUAGCUGGUGCUGACCAAUUUGGUACUAUCACUGACUUUAGUCACUCAGACAUCAGUGAUUGUUCUUUGCAAAUCAUUUCCAAGUAUUUGCCAUUGACAAAGUACAAACAAUUUUAGCAAUAAUUUAACAAAUUUAACAAAUUAUUUGUUGAUUUUCAAAAAAAUUAAGAGGCGGUCUUCCUAAAAGCAUUCCACUCGAUUCCAGACUCGACAAAAGUCUAGUCUUUUGCCUUAUAUUUUUACCAUCAACGCUACUAUCCAUCCUAACAACGAAAUUGCAGUUAGAAUGAGGAAAUUGUUUAUUUUACUGCCAUUCCCAGCAUUUCAUUGCUAGGCAACAAUUAGCAGUUAAACUCAUCGCUAAUGAUGAGCUUGGGAGCAGGUGCCUUAAAGGUUAGUGGGGGGGCCAAAUGCAAUAUGCAGAGAGGAGGUAUCCAUGGCAACCCUGGAAGCGAGAACCACCCCAAAAGAAGCGACUAACCGGCACCAUCACACCUUCAUUCAGUGGAGAUACUUACCUAAGAGAAUACUUACCAGAGAGAAUACUUACGAAACCACCAAGCAGGGAGAGGGAGCAAGUAUCUGCAAUGAUUUACAAGGCAAAAAUUGAUCCGUUAUGAUCAGCAAGCAAAGCUACAAUGCAAUGCAACACUAGCAAAAGAGUACACAAGCAGCCCUACAAUUCCCCAAGGGCCGCCCCGUAGGUCACGUACUGGAGUGGGAGAAGACCGCUGGCCAACUCACUCGAGUUCAACUUUGCCUAAUGACAUUUAGCCACAUCUAAAAUAUGCAAAUUUUAGACUAUGUUAUACAGAUAUUUUAACAAUUGUUUAAAAGUACUUCGGGUAAUCAAUUCCUACACUAUUUGCACUCAUUUGGAAGCAUAUUACUUCUUCUUACUGUUCGAGUACCCUUUAGGCAUAUCUUUCUGUAAUCCGCAAAAACUGGUUGUCUUUAUUUACAAAUCCAACUAAGAAAACAAAAUGCACAAAUAAAUGCCUCAAAAUCAUUAGAAAAUUCUCCAAUGUGGCACCUAAGCGAGACCUAAAAACAUGUUUUUUCAAGUUAUGCAAUAAAACUUGCUGCACAUCGUGAUUCAGAAUUGAAGGUUUCAACUCAGACUUAGUCAAAUGUUCAAUUUGCAGUGCAUGACAGUACCGGCUGCUGUCACAACAAAAUCCUCAGUUAUUCAAAUACUUGCCACUUUUAAGUAUGAUAUCAGUGUGCAAAGAAAGUAGUGUCUGAUAGCCUGGGGCUAGUGGAUUUUUCUAUCAGGCUAGUGAAUUCUGUUUCUAACUUGCCUGACGGGCAAGUGAUGUUUUUUGAGGAAUUCGAAUAACAGAAGAACUGUGAAAUCAAUUCUGCUCGUCAAAAAGCUUUUGGGGCUAGUUGAAAUGACGUCUGGGCUAGUAAAUGCUAGCUUCAGCUUGCCCGAAUGGCAAGCUGUAAAAAUGAUUUUCUUUGUGCCCUGGAUAUGCUUCAUUUUCCCACCAAAACUAUAUUAAAAUUCCCUUGUUCCCUUUGCCAAUGAUAUCUAUUGUUCAAAAAUUAGUUCAGCUAGUAAAGGAUACCUUUCCAAGCUUCAUUUAAUUUCCCUCUGCCCACAAAAUUUGUGUUAAGUCUGUUAUGUCAAGAUGGAAAAAAUAUCUUUUCAGAACCAAACCUCUUCUAGUUUAAAAUGUGGUCCAGUCUGAAAAAGCUGCAUUGACCAGAAGUUGCUCUGAUCCAUCACAUUAUAAAAUCGCACGUCAGUAGAAAAGUAAAUUUCCCACUGCCCAGUAAUUAAAUGUGCAUGAACGGGUCAGAAAAUGUUUGACUACUAGUACUUCGCCCCAUGUAAGGGUAUCGGGAUUGCGGAAUCUGGGAAAUUUUUGCUUGUAGAAUCCGAAAUCCAGGAAAAUUUUCUCAUGGAAUCCAGAAUACAGGGCUUUGCAAUCCAGAAUAGAGCUCAAGUAAUCGAAAAUUCCACUAAGGAAUAGGAUCCAGAAUCCUAGACUGUGUUGGAUUCUCUAACAUGGGGCAAUAGUACUGGACUGCGAACGGCGAAUGACUAGUUAUUUUUCCUUUAUUUACUAUCCUCUGAUCAGCAGCCCACAUUUUCAAACAAAUUGGAAGACCUAGGCCUUUGUUAGAGAAAUUUUAGUCAGAAGGUUUCUUCCAAUUUACCGACUGUUUCUUCCUAUUGAGAGCGGUCAAAUUUAGUUUUCACACUCCUAGAGACAGUCUGGAGUCCAAGGCUACAUUUGUAUCACAGCCCGUCAAUAAAGAAAUUGGCAUACAAAAAUAAUAAGUUUCAACAUUAAUUUUGAAUCGUGCAACUUCAGUGAAAGUAAGAAAAUAAAGUGUGCAAGUUCACGCGGUUUCUCCCAACUGAUACAAGUACACGAAUUAAGCCAAUACUCUCAAGUGGAACAGAUGGUGAUUUGUUUCCCCUUGGACUCCCACACAAAAGUGACGCGGGUGCUCGUCAUUACCAAACCUUAGUCGUAAUUUACUGAGAGCACUCAAUUGUUUGGUACCAUGGAGAAUUCAAUGACAGAAUUUUCUAUUGAAAGCCCAACUUGGACAAAUACCUCUGAAUUGGAACAAUCAGUAGAGGUGAGAAGUGACGCAAAGUCUGAAUCAGCAUUGUCAAAGGUUUACCCAUACACUGUUUUCACAUCUUUUCUCGUCUCACAUCUUCUUAACGGUUGUUACCCUGUUCUUACUGAUGCUUCAUUCUACCAUGUCAAUGAUGUAAAAACAAUCUGAAGGAUCUAGGAUUACAUUUUUAAAAAUCAGCCUUUGGACCCACCGUAUGGAUCCAAAUUCAUAUUAAUAUUGAUUUUACUAAAUUAGGUGCCACCGUGAUUGUCAUUUAGUUUUUGCGGCCCCAGUGCAGCGCUCAUUUGAUACACUAGCCUACCACCGACAAUCUUGCUGAGCCAACUAACAGGGUGUUAUUGCUUUUAUGUCUGCAUAUUGAGAUGCUAUGACAAAGAAUAUAAAGAUUCAAGUACUUAGUAUUUAUGCUUAAAUGAUUGAUAUACCAUGCAUGUGUUACAGAAAUUCAUGAGCCUUAUGAUAAAACAAAAAACAAAACAAAAAUUGAGGAACAAUGCGUGCAGCAUGCGAGGAAACAAAGGCCUGGUAUAAAUUUCCCUAAAAUAGUGAAAUAUAAAUCCCAUAGUCAUUCAAAGUUUAACAACUAGGCAGGCUAGCAGUUUUUAUUUAGUGGUGGUAUGAACAGGUUACAACUGAACACUGUCAGGCUAUUCACUUCACUCGCUGUCCAUCACAGAAUUGGCAUAUAACAUAAUGUAAUUUGUGAUUACACCGUAUUAUCAUAAAUUACUAUUUUGCCGGCAGGUAUCAGAGGUCUAGGGAGGGUGUUAGUGCGCAGUGAGUCAUGAGUUUGUAAUUGUGCGGUCGUUGGGAAGGUGAGGGUCAGCCUUCACCGUGUUGGUUUGCUUUUCUCUCUUUUAUUUUAUUCGUGUGUUUAUUGAUGGAAGGUGAGGCAUUCUAUGGUCAGCCUGGUUCUUUGGGGUUUUUCACUGUGUUGUUUAUAGAUAUUACUUUAUUCUCAUAUUUUAUUUUAUUGGCUGGCCCAUGCGCCCAUAUAUGAACAUUGUUUAUUGAUGUUUAUAGUUUACUAGUACUGUGCAUAGACAAUACCCAGUAGAUUUAAAACCCCUUAAAGGGGGUUGCACCACUGCCUUGGUCGGGAAAAAGACAGCCCAACUUUUUCAAGUUGUGUCGGAGAUUUUGGAAGGCUGUUUUUAUCUGUCUAAAUCUCAGCCAUUCCCCUAAGUUUUGUAUUAAGAAUCAUUCUAUGGUGAUUUUUCCAAUUUUUGCUGGUUUUUUGGGGAAUGUUUUUACGUGGAUUUACUGUGUCCUGUCCGGCGUUGUAAUUUGGUGCUUCUGUUGAUGGAAUCUUUGAUGGAAUCUUCCCUAUAGUUCACAGGACCUUUUAUUAGUUAUUUUAGGCUGCUGGUAUUUGCUCAAAGUAUGUGGACAUAUCUGCAUAUAUGUUGAAUAUCAGGCCAUCAGUUUCGUGGACGAAACUAAACUCUUGGCGAAGGAAACAUUCUAAAAUUCGGCUAGAUUCCUUCUUGUUUUUAUCUCGAUUCACGGCAAAGAUAAACACGACCGUUUGCUCGUCCAGAUUGUUCUCAACGGACUUAGAGAGGCACCUUAGUACGAGUUAGAUCCUGUAAAUGCCAUGUUUUUGAACUGUUUGUGUUGGAGCAUAAUUUUGGAAAAUAGCAGAGUUUGCUUUCCCUUUUUAUCAACGGACUGCUUAUAGUGGAGUAGUAUACCAAUGAUGCUGGGUUUUUCUCGACGUCGCAGUGAUUCGCACGAUCGAACAAUGAUAAUGUAUGUUUCCCUAAGAUCAAAACAAAGACUUGGUCUCUUGUUCUAUCAGCAUCUAAAUUAUAAAAUCAAUAGCGACAGACAAGUCUAAUUGUUAAUGAUUUGAAACAGUCUUGGUCUUUAUCUUGGUCUAGUCUUUUUGUAGCUCGUUUGUAAAAUGCAACUUCCAUUUAUUUUGUUGAAAUUAUAAGACAAUAUGUUGUUGUUGAAUUUUUGUUUGCGCUCUAUUUUAUGAAUGGCAUGCGUUUUUACUUCAAAACUACAAGUAAAAUUGUCAUCGCAAUUUUAUUCUUGAUCUAGCAUAACCAGAGAAGAAACGUUCCAUAAAUUCUAUCGAAAUAUCCCUUAUCUAAACCCAUUUCGCUAAACCUCUCUAAAUUCGGAACCUUGGACGUGACAGAGAACAUGAAGAAAGUCACGCGUUAAAAACAAUAGAAUUUUGACAGUUGCAUAACCUCACAGCGCACAUGGAGAAAGUCACGCGUUAAAAACAAUAGAAUUUUGACAGUUGAAAGUAAUUUGCAUAACCUCAGAGCGCAUGCUCUCCAGCUGACAUAGCCCCUUUAAAAUAAAACCCUUUUCGGCUUCCUACAACGGCUACGAGAGAGACAUUUCCUCAAUUUCCUUGAUUGUUAAUGAUCGUUUUUGGUUUCACUCUGUAAUUCAAACCAGUGACUUGCCGUCAUUUCUUCAAAUCUUACAGAUACCGAUGUCAUCGUUGUUAGCUUGGAAUAUCAAACCAAGACGUUUGAGAGAUGGGCCUUGCUUUAAAAUGUGUAAAUAAAUCAACGGUAUAUAGACUACCAAAAUAUUCUGAUUUCCACAUGUUUGGCGGUUCCGUAAGCGUCAGAAUUAAGAGAAGAAGGGCAGUGACUUGAAAAUUCUCACAGAUAAUAUUAAAUGAAAAUUAAGACAAAAUAUAUCUAAAAUACAUGGCGGGGGAUCUAGUUCAACAUGCAUUCAAACCCCCUCCACAUCUUCAAGUUGUACAAAUAAUUCAUUUGUUACUAAUGAAUUAUUUAGUUUUGGAGCUGCAUAAACAAGAACCAUGAUACCUGAACAAGAUUGUCCGUUUCAAACCACUACCACUUAUUGGUGUGAAUGCAUGGAGCAAAUACAAUAAUUGUCGAUCCCCGAUUGAAAACCCACCCAGGAGGACACUCUUGGGAAUCGAAUAAAAAAAUACAUAAACAAAAGUCUUACCCGAAUCUUCCAAGCUAAAAGCGAUGACAUCAGUAUCUCUAAGAUUUGAAGAAAUGACGGCAAGUCACCGGUUUGAAUUACAGAGUGAAACCAAAGACGAUGAUCAACAAUCGAGGAAAUUGAGGAAAUGUCUUUCGUAGCUAUAAAGGGUUUUACUUUAAGUCACCUAACCUGAAAAAGCUUCUUCUACUAAAAAAUUUAAAUAAUCGUGGCAAUAUAAUACAGUUACAAAAAGAAACAGCUUACCUUCCUCCAUUGUGCUCACUCCUGCGGGAAACUAUAGUAAAAAUUUUACUAGAAAAUUAAGGUACAAGUAAAAAAAAUAACACACAGUCUGCAGUCUGCGUGGUCUGCAUUUCAAUAUGACCAUUCAUCAAUGGUGAUUUUCAUAAUACUGUUAGAAGUAAAAGUCAAACAUUAGACAGACUAAUCAUUAGCUGUUUAGAAGUAACAGUUAGAUUGUAAGAGCAAUCUGUUAGAGCAUUAGAACAAAUCAUUAGAGUCUUUGGACAAACCGUUAAAGGGUUUGGGCAAACCAAAAGAGCGUUAGAAAGGCUGUUAGCUAUCAUUAGUUUUCUAACGGCUAACGGAUUAUCAUUAGUGUACUUUUUCUCAAAGAAGGUCACAAUUAGUCUGAAAUAACAACAACAAAAUAAGGUUUUGAUGCUUUAAGGCAAUGUCUCCUAUUAGCUAGGUUAGCACAUAGUCUUUAAGUAUUAGGAGGAUUUCAUUCUGGUUCUCAGGGGUCUGUAUGAUUCUGGGUCUGCUUCGGCCUGUCUUUCGCUUGAUUGUAUGUGAUCAUCACUGUCUUCUUGUUUCCCUUUGCUCUUGGUUCUGCAACAAUCAACAAUUGAGAAUUGAGUCUCAAUUCUCGACUUGAUUCCCGAUUCUUGCAAGGACUGAGAAUCAAGUGUCAACCUACUUUUGAACGGUAACUGUAAAUUAAGUAACUUUUUCUGUUAUUCCACAAUAUUAUUGAUAUCAAGUUUUAAAUAGUAAACCAAUGGAUUUGACAGUUGAGGUUACAUGUAUAUCUUCCCACCCUGACCAGCUUUUUUGUGGACACUGCAUUCAUAAAUUGAUAAAGGUUUCAGGACAGUCAUCAGUUAUCACUGUAAGGAAUAAAUUUGAAAUUUUUUACUUUUGGUCUCUCUAAACUCAACAGGAGAAUCAUACACUGUAUUUCGUAUGUAACAAUCACCUUGAUAAUAGACCAGACCAAAAGAUUUUGAAUAGGAUUUUUGAAAAUGAUUUCCAACUCAAAGCAAACAAUUAAUGGCAGCAGGCUUUCAGUGCUGUUUAUUAUGUUCAUAUCAUGCCUAAUUUCUUUGAAUUCAAUCUAGACUACCUCAAGGUAUAAGUUUUGUUGGAAGAAAUUAAGCAUAUCAUAAACAUGUUAAGUGUAAAUGAGGCUGGUAUUCCACUCACAGCCGGCAGGCCAUGUGAUUUUUCAUGACUUAAUCAAAAAACCUAAAAAUGGCCUUUUACCAACUUUUUCACCUGAUUUUACAUGAAGUAGACAGAUUUGGUUGUUUUAUGCUGAAAAGUGGAUUUUUUUCAAAAAGCUUGGCACUUUGCUUAACCCAUUCGCUCCUGGAGAUUUUGCCGAAAAACGCGUUUUGAAGCGAGUCGAGUGGUUUUCUGAUCACUGUCGUGCUAUAAAGAGCUAAAACUUACCACAAACCGGUUUACAGGUCGUACAGUUCGCGGCCUUCUGAUCCAGAUGCAAAAUAUCAGCUUGCGAAGUUCGGGCAUGCGCAGAAAGCAAAAUUUUGAGAUAGUUUUUGGGUUUAAAAGUGACACAGCAGUCUUGACUUUUACUUUUCGCUUUCUCUCCUCCCCGUUUUUUCGCCUUUUUUUUUUUUUUUUGAGCAUUUAGUAGGCUUCAUUUUGGUGGGAAGAGUUUUCAGGAAAGCUUUUUAGGAUCAGGUGGGCAAUGGAACAAGAUUUUUUUUUCAGGUCAAUGUCACGUGGUUUUUUGCUUCUUUCUCCGGUGUCCUUGACUGAAUUGUGCUCAUUCUGGUAUGGUUUGAAAGAUCUCUUCACUCUACACAAGUUAGCGAAGAAAGUUGUCCUUGAACGUUAAAACUGAUGACGUCACAAAGGGUAGAAAGGACCUGGAUCCGUAUGGGCGGUUACAGGCGGUUCAGGGGCGAAUGGGUUAAGAAAGAAAAAAUACAAACCUUAUAAACUGUCUUAGAAAUGUUAGCCACAUGUGGCAAUCAGAAAUGGAGAAAUGUUUCAGCUAAUAAUUUAUGCUUUCAUUCUAGAGGAACUUGUAAAAGAGAGGGCAAAGUUCAAGGCAAGUGAGCAGGAAGCAAAAAAAUUGAAAAAUGAACUUCAUCAAGUUAUUGCUGAUGCAGAUGGAUACAAAGCUGCUGCUGCUUUAUCAGAAAAGUCUCAAAAGGAGGAGUUAGAUUCAUUACACAAUAAAUAUCAAGAGGAAAUUGUCUCCUUGCAACAUAUCAUGUCUGGUAAGUUUGUAGUUUUUUGUGUGUGUUUGAAGCAGUGCAGCAAUAGACAUCAGCUGCAAAUCUUUAUUUUAAAACAACUACACAUUAAUUUAGAAAUGCAUGUGGGCUUAACAGCGAGAUUCCAGAAGACAAGACACACACAAUUAAAAACAAUUAACCCACCCAAAGUUUGACUAUCAUUUCUACAAUCACUAUCCUUUUGCCUGCAAAGCUAAAAUCUAUUAAAAAGUAUACUUCAUGUGACUCAAAGGAGUCACACAAGUCUUCUGCAUUCUUAUGCAUUUGACUUAUCAGAGUCACACAUGUCCAAGGUUAAUCUACUACAUGUCGUACAUCAGUAGCCACACAGACAGACAGUGAACAAAGCACUGAGUCUUCCACAUCUGCUGCUUCAGCCUGAGAGUCUGAGGUCCUUUCUUCAACAAGUAAGAGUCUUAGAGCUUGUUGGUGAAUGCCUGUCAAAUAAGAACCUAUACGUACAGUACUCUUCAAAAGUAAGUUUACACAAUUCUCGAUUCUUGAUCCUCGUGAUAAUCAAGAAUUUAGACUCAAUUCACAAUUGUUCAUCUUAACUCUCAAAACUCAUUUCCUGUGCAACUCAGCCAACCAGAAUGGCCUUUGUUUAGUUUCGAGUAAUUCGCUCUCUAAUCUUGAUACUCGAUUGCUGUAAAAUCUACAACCGUUGUUCAAGUGUAAAGCAAUCUUCUAAAUUCUCUGACGUCAGAAAAAACUUUCUACUUCAUUAAAUAGCAAACUCUACUCAGCGUUUGAUUCCUACAAGAAAUGCCUGAACUAUGCAAAUUCAAGAUCCAGUAACAGUUGACAGCUCUUCAGGAAAUUUGCAUUCCUUUGCAUGGCUCAGGUGACACUUUGCAAUAAAACCUUGAAAAUGCUUGAAUGGCAUUUUGCAUCAUUUAAAUAGGAGGAGUUGUCAGUUCACUAGUUGAACUUGAAAAGCAAUCCAUGACUUUUUAUCUAAUGUAAAAUCUAAAAUAACAGAAAGCUUGUGUAAAACAAAUGUUACAUGAUGGUGUGUAAACAAAGUCACACACAUCAUCGAUUUUUUUCUAUUUCCUGUUAGUGAGUGUCCAUUGGCGUUAUCACAGUUGAAUGUCUGAUUAUUGGUGUCUAAAGUCAGGGUCUUUUUACUUGUAACUUGAACUCUUAGCCUGAAUUGCUGUUUCAUGAUAGCAUCAAAGUUUGAUAUAUUUGUCCUUCACCACCUGUUUAGUUCAAUUGGGAGAUCACCAGUCUGCUGAGCAGGAGGUGACAGGUUCAAACCCUGGCCAGACCAACACUCAGGGUCUUGAAAUAAGUGAGAAGAAAAAUAAAAAAAUGCUGCCUUCGUAAUGACAUCUGCAAAUGGUUAGACUUUCUAGUCUUCUUACAUAAGGACAAAAACCUGUAGGUCCCGUCUCACAGUGGUGGGACAUAAAAAAACACACACCACUGUUCGAAAAAAGUAGGGAACGUAGACCCCGGUGGUGUGGCCAACCUUAACUCAUCACAUCAUUCACAUCAUGGAUUGGGUGGGUACAGUAAGCAUAUAAAUGGACUAAGGAUGGCUACCAGUGGCGCCUUUGUAUGCCGAUGUCCAGCUUACUGUUCACAUGUUAUAAUAUAAAAUUAUUGUAAAGAGGGCACAUCUGUUGUUCUCUCAUCCAUGACUCCGUCCUUCUUUCCUUUUCUUCCUUUUUAUGAGACAUGAUUGCAGCACUUACAUAAAAGUUUUAAUUUGAAUAUACAUUAAAACUUCAGAAAACUUUAAAAACCUUAAAGAGCUUUGCAAACAAUAUUUAGUCCGGUGCGAUACAAUCUGCUUUUGAAAUUGACACCUUGCAAUUUUUCAUCACCAUAGUUGCAGUCACGUUGCAGGCAACAAAAAAGUUUGUGUAUCUUGCCCCAUUAUUACGAGAGAUGAACACGACCUCUAAAGAAUGCGCUAUAUUUCCUAGUAGAAUUAAAACCAUUGUUUCUCUAAAAAUUUCAAGGAUCACGAAUGCAAUUUCAAAUCCACAGGUUAGUCAAGAUAUGGAUACAUGUUACAGCUGAUGUUUGUCAUGCCCAGUGGCCAGAUAAGCCUAGAAUGGUGUCACAUUACAAAAUAAACAUGCUGAUACAUAUUUUCUUGCUUGUACACACUUAUACACUGUUUGCUUGCAUUUGGAGCAGGCAUUUAAAACUCUAUUUGAGGGAAUGAAGCUUGAUUCAGAUGUCCUCAAAGAAACAUUUGCUUAACUUGGUCUUGUAUCAAUCUUGUGCAUACAAUCACUUGGGCUAAUAAAGCAUACCCUGUUAGGUUACUGGAUUUAUGUCAAUAUAAAAUUAUCAAGAAAUCAGUCAUGGGUGAAUCUUACGUUUUCUCUCUCACGAGACUCAAUCCUCAAAUUGAUUCUCAAUUCACAAUAUUCUCGAUUUGCACAGGAAUCGAGAGUUGAGACUUGCAACAACGGACUGUGUCAACAACUUACUUUUGAAUGGUACUGUCUGUUAGUGUAUGUCCUUGUUUUCCAUAAGUUUAUUCAUAACUCAAUGGAUAGAGCACCUGCUAUGUUUCAGGAUGUUAUUGAAUCACAUUGAGGGAUUAAGAUCUUGUCUUUAAUUUUUCCACCCUUAUGACAGGCUCAUUAUAACAUCUAUCACAAGUUGGUCAGGCAGGCACAAUAUGUUGAAGUAGAAACUACAUUCCUACUUGCAUUUGUUGACAGUUUUUGAUGCACUGACAUAUUUAACCAAUGGAGUAAUAUUCAUAGUCACUUUUUGUAUAAACUAGUUUUACUACGUAGCAUAUCUAAAUUUAUUACUAGAAACAUGGCAAUUUACCAACAAUGAUAAUUUAUUAAUUAUAAUAAUAAGUUAUUAUAAUUAUUUUAUUAUUGUAAAAACAAAAAAUCUUUGCAGAGGCUGUGAGAGAGGCCAAGGAAAAUGCAGCAGAACAAUGUGAUGUAGAAAAACACAACCUUAUGGCAAAAAACCAAAGACUGGAGAAUGAAGUAAAAAAUUUAAAAUCACUUCUUUCUUCUGAUGGAGAAGGCAUUAGCAGCCGACCUCGGAUGUUGUCUGGAUUAUCUGAUGCUGUGGUUAGUGCAAUAAGGAGAAAUACAGCAACAAGCCAAACAUCACUACAUGAAGUCGACCAAACUGCUAAUGAUGCUGCAAGGUCCUUGGAAGAAAGCAUGGAAAAGGUAUGGAUAUUAACAAGCAUUUUUUUACAUCCAGACUUAAGUGGAGUGAAUUUUCGAUUAUAUUGCCAAAAGUUAAUGUUCAUUCUUUACUGGAAAGGGAAAAAAACUCACUAAACCUGUCUCCAGGGCAGGGCUCAAAAUAACAGAUGGUCAAUGGACAAUGACCGGCCUGAUGGUAAGUUGUCUGGCCAGAAACUUCAUUCGCUGUUCAUGUUUCCCCUGUCACGCACACUAGCUCCAAUAUCUAACAAAACAGCAGCCAAGUCCUCGCCUGUUAAUCUUACAGUAUUUGUCUCUUUGUAAAAAUACAAAUGGAAAAUUACACAGGGAUAAUUAUAGUUUUUCCCAAUAUUUUGACCGGUUUGAAACAAGACUUGAUUUUCCUUUUUCUUCCAAAUAAAGUAUUUGGGAGUCAUGCUUAUAAUUAUUAUACCAGUUUAAGUCAAGGGAAUUACAGAGCCCAGACCCAGACCCAGGCCUCAACCAUUUGUGACCAGCCUAUUGUGUGUUUUUUAAUCUAAUGUAUGCAGUGAUUUUAUGGAGUACAAGUAAAGUACUUUUACAUAUGCACAUACAUACAGAGGGCUCGAAAUUCCAACUCACUGGUUGCCAAUGCAACUAAAAUUUGGGUGCUGGCGACUAUGUUUUAAGACCUGGUCGCCAGUUGGCGAGUCAUCUUCUGUUUAAUAAAAAAGAUAACCCCUUUUCCCAGAUCUCUAAUAUUAUUUAAUAUAUUAAUGCGUCUCCCAGCAGUAAAAUGAACUAGUGCUCUGCAACAUCCAGCAACUCAAACCCCUCAUGAACAAAUUACAUUUUGUUAGAGGGAAGCGGAGAUAAGGCAAGACUUACAACGUACACAUUUUGCCUUGUGUCAGUUUUCUCCUUUUACAAUGUUAGACUUUGGCGCCUUCUUAAUGUUCUUCUUACACUUCUCCGUAACUGUCUAGUCCCACCAUUAAGAUUUUAGUCUUGUCUUUUUAUCUUUCGGCCUGCAUCAGUUCGUCCAAUGUUAGUCUAUGUCUUCUUAUGUACCUUCGUUGUUAGAACCAAUGGUGGUAGUUUCUUGUCUUUUACGUUUACUUUUAUGUUUACUUAGUUAAUUCAUCACAUGAUGUUAGGCCAAAGUCGUACACUAGUUCAUCAGUUGUAAGUUGUUGGUUGGGUCUUACUGUUGAUUUCUCAAGUCUAGCCUUCUGACAGUUAGCCUAGAAUUUUUUUAGGUUUCUUCAUGUUGCAACCUGCGGACGUCGUUUUCAUCAGGCAUUUUCCAUCAAAUUGUCUGUUCUUGAGCAAAAUUGUCGCAUAUCAAGAAUUGUUCUCAAGAUUGUCAGUUCAUCAAUAGCGAUUGUUACGACUUUGAACUAGGAAAGAAAGAGUCUCAAGACUAACUUCCUGCGAACGAGCUAACGUACAUGGGAAAAAUUGAGACAAGGGUAACGUUGUAUGGAGGGGACUGAUCGAACAAAUUGUUGAACACAUUGUUCAAAGUUCAACCAAUAUUUUUGGCAACCAAUAUUUUUCCUCUAGUCGCCAGCUGGUGCCUGAUUGAAAAGUUAAUUUCCAGCCCUGAUGCACAUGCAUACACUACACUCCAGUGUUAUUGUGUUGUGAAUGUUUAAAAAUUAUUCUCAUAACUAUAUGCGUGGGUUUUUUUCUUUCUUUUAAAGUGGUCUUUCAUGAAAAGAACAUGGGCUGUCUGGGAAUAACUGGAUGACUGUGUUAUUUUAAGCUAUUGCAACACAAAACCAUGCAGUUUAAUUUUUUAAUUAAGAAAGAUAGUAAUAUAAGAACACUCUAGUUUGUAAGAAGUACUAUAUGUAACUCUAAGGCUAUUUGCAACAUUUUCACUACUGACAUGCUAAUAUGACCUUGAAAAGAUGUUGGUUGGUGAUCUAAUUUUCUGUUCUGUCUUUUAAGGCCCAAGAGGAUGCAAAGGCUUGGAGAGCAAUUGUUAUGCCAUUAGAAGAGGUAUUUAUUUUUUGACAAGUGAUAGCAGCUCCCCACCCUUUUGGUAUCAGGUUGUGGUUGCUAAAAGAAACAUAGAUUGCAGAGUAUAAAUGUAACUUCUGAUGUUUGAGAGGCAUGGGAAAGAUUAGUCUGAAAUUAAUAUUCUAACAGCACAGUUAACAGGUGUGUGGGAGGUUGUGGGAUAGUUUUGGAGUGUUUAUGGCUUUGGCACGAGAUUUGUGCCAUUCUAUGUCAGCUCAAUCAGUCGUUGUGAUGUGUCAUGUUCUUUUAAGUUCAGAAAAGCUGCCUUGAUUACUUAGUGUAUGUAUUAGGCAAUUGGUUCAUAGUCUUUUGGAAUUAGUUCUUUUUGAAGAAGUCUAUAUUGUAAUUUAAUGUAUUUAUAAUUUGGAUAUAUGUUUUAAAAAGAGCUUUUUCACUGGGGAUUGAAUCCAUGCUGCUGCAUUAGCAGGGGAAUCCACAGAUUUUUUGGCCACUUCUCAAGGGUGACCAGUGUUUUAUUGGUUUCUCCUAUCUGGCAUGGCACAUGUUGAACUAGCUUAAAACAUGAUUAUUAUAGUGUUUUGCUAUAGCUAUGGUAUUGAUGUAACUUAGCAAGGAUGCAUCUACAUCAGAUGACUAACUGAUGCAUCCUAACUAAACGUUAUACACUGAAUGUCUCGUGUUCGUGAAGUCAGAAUCACUAGUUUCUCUCAAGUGCAUCCAUAACUCAAUAAUUACUAUGGUGUUGUCAUAUUUGCUCACUUAGUCUAUGGCUAAGGAAUUAUUUUUUGAUUUUCUUUAAAGAAAUUUUUUUUUUUGCUGAAGAAGAAGCUCUCUUAAACGCAACUUGUUACACACAUUAGCUAGAUUGUAUCAACAUUCACCUGUGGAGGAAAUUAAAUAAUAGUCAGUGGUUUGUUAGUCAGGCAAUCAGUCACAUUUGUGACAGUUUAGGUCAGGACAAAGUUAUUACAGAAAACUGCUUCAAAGUUAGUAUAAAAAAAUGUCUGUUAUCUGUCUUUCCUAUUUAGGAGCUAUCACUGUUUAAAGCAAAGCUAAAAGAUGCACAAGAAAAACUGCAUAUUGCAGAAGCCAAGAUUAAGGUUUGUACUUUUAUUUAUUUAUUUUUUUAAUUAAUUAUUAUUGUCCUAGCUCUAUCAACCAAUGGAACUGCUGAUCGGAGAAAAUUUGCAUCAUAAUACUGAAAUGAAAGUUAAAUGCUAUUUUAUUCUAGCUACAAGAAAAAUGGAUCUGUUUGCAGUUGAAAAGAUUGAAAAUCAAUUUGUUAUAACUGCUUAACUGCAAUUAUUUUGUUGUUUUGUCACCGAUAUUAAUUUAUUAAACGCAAAACUGCUGAUUUCCAGGAAGAGGAAGCCAAAAGCCUAGAAAGAAAAUUUGAGGGUGAAGAAUCAUUUUCCGGAGAAAAGUUUGAUGAAAUGCAAGAGAAGGUCAGUUUUCUCUGUAAAGUACACAUCCACACCUUACUAGUUUAUAGAGGAUUUCAAAGAAUUUUCUUGCAGUUCUUCCUCCACCCACCCUACCUACACAAAGUCGAAACUCGGAAAAAUUCUGGAUACACCUGUCCAACAUUGUUUGUGGGGUGAGGGGAGGGGUUGGACCUGUGUGAACUGGAAAUCACCCCAGAAAUGCAAAAGUGUCCCAAGACGUUUGUCCAUGAUUGUAUAUUUAGGCACUGGAUCCCAUGGCAAGGAGGGACUUGGAUUUAAACUUGAAAAAAAUGGGCCAACAUUUUUAAGUUUUAAUGUUAUGAAUAAUAAAUGAAAUGAUUUGUGUCUAGAGAAGACCACAGAAAAAAAUUCUGAGUUCCAGAUGGGAAUAUGUUACGCCUGCAAAUAUUGCUAAAAAUGGUUAUUAUGGUUUGUGCUCACCGAUAAAAUUUCUUUCAUAACUCUACAGGAGCUUUUAUGUUUGGGUAUUAAAAGGCACUGCUAUAAAGUAAUGACUUCAGCACAGAAUUAACCUCAAACAGUAACAUCCUCUUGACAUACAUGUAGCCCCUAAAAAAAACAAGACCACAGCAGGGUCAUGCAUGUGGGUAGCCAUGAUUGCCUUGUUGUGUCAGUGUCAUGAUAUAAAACUUCCAAACCCUUCACUUUUUCAUUUUACAGUGAACUCUCUAAGAAGGACACCUUCAGGACUGUCCCUGAAUGUCCAUCUUAGAGAGGUGUCUGGCUUAUAGAGAGCCAAGGUGUGACACAGUCCUGUAAUAAAAAAAAGCUGAACCUAUUCGUGUUUAAUUAAUAUAGAAGCUACUGUAAGCAGAUCAUGUUUUAACCUUGGAAUACAUUGUUAUGGCAGCUAAUGCACAUGUUUUGGCAAGAAUUAAGCUAGAUGUAAACAUGAUUUAUCUUUUUAAAAAUGGAAGCAAAAUUUUAACAAAAUAAAACUUUCAAAGAAAAACUACAUUGUGUACUUUUUCAAAUGCCACUUUCUAAAACAGAUAAAGGAAUUAAAUCAAUAUCUUGAAGCUGAGCGUUCAUCAAGAACAGAUUUGGAAAUGUAUGUGGCCGUUCUUAACACGCAAAGAGGUUAGUUUACAUCGCCUGCUGUUAGCUUUACAGACAAGUGCACUUCAAUUUUGAUUAUCAAUAAUUUGGGAGUGUUAAAUUUGGUCGUUAUUAGGCAAAUAAUAUGAUAUGAGGCUUUUGCAUAAUGACUCGUUGUAUAUGAAGUUGAAUUUGCUGGUAUCUCUUUCAAUGGUACAAGUUUUAAAUGACAUUUUUUGUAUGAUAUUAUUUUCGGGGUGUUCAUUAGGUAUUGGGGUGGGAAUUCUCUGUUUACUAUGCAGAAGGCUAACGUUCAGUAGCCUAUGAAAAUUUUUAUUCAAAUGUGGGGACUCGUAACCUUUCUCUAGCCUCCCAUGCAGGCAUUUUUAGGGGAGCUUGUAUUUCAUCCCUCCCCACAAACACCUGCGCAACCGAAAACAACAUUCCUUUCCCAAAGUUAGCCUAUCACACUUACUUACUUACGUACGUACUUACUUACUUACUUACUUACUUGUACUUCCCAAAUUCUGGAAAGUUGACCUUGACUGCAGGGUAACCCAAUAAUUACUUGAUCUGCAUGAAACACUGGGAAAGCUUUAUGACCUCUAUUAAAUGUUAGACUAAGACCAGCAAAAGUAAGAUGUAGUCAAAUUUUAGAAUACUCCGUGAACUGCAUAACCUUUAGCAAAGGAAAGAAAAGAAGGAAAAAAGGUAACUCUGGGGUCACGGUUUUACACUACCACGAGGCUAUGAGUUGCAUUAAGCCUGUGAACACCUUAUGUCAAAACUGUUGAUUGGUCACUUACCACACGAUUAAAACAAUGAGAAAAGAAUGUUGUGUUCAGUUAACCAGACAUUUGUGGGGAGGGAUGAAAUACAACCUCCUCUAAAAACGGCUGUGUGGGAGGCUAGCCUUUCUCCUGCUACUUGAAUUCUUAAUGAAAUCCCUGUAUUUUAUUUUCAGGCGUUUUGCAGGAAGAUUCUGACAAACUAAGAAAUGAGCUUCACAAUGGUAGGAAUUUACUUUCAACUUGAGUUUCCAAAUUGUCCAUUGUUAUCAGUUUUCUACACUUCUUGCCUUUAGUCCAGAUUUCAAGUUAGUGACAGGGAUGAUCCAAGGAUUUUUUGGCUUUGAAUUUUUUGAUUCUGGGAUUUUUUGGGGGAAGGAAAAUUUAGCAAGUGUUUUUUUAGAUGGCAUGAUUUAAGUAGGGAUUUUUUUGGUUACUCCAAACAAUCUGAAGAUUCUUGGUAGUGCAUGUAUGCCGGUCACCUGGUUGUGCAAAUAUAGCACAAUGUGUUCUAUCAAUAUGCUUUUUGGAAAUUUGUAAGGCUCGGAAAUUUGGCAUAGGAUUUUUUUGGAGUUAAUCUUUGAUCCAGGGAUUUUGUCUACAGAGGUUCAACAUUGCAUAUAUGGUUUCAUUUGCAAGCAAUUGUUGUUUUACAUAGGUAAAAAAUCCCACAAAAUAUUGCAAAUUUGCUCAGCUGAGAGGAAGAAGAGAAGGAAAUAUCACCAUUAGUCAUUAAUAAUUGGUUUCUGUUUGUUUUAUCAGUUUGUAGGUUGUUAGAACAGGAAAAGAUGGCUCACAAUGAUCUGAAGCACACCUGGGAAAUGGCAAAUGUACAGUUUUUAGAGAAUUUAAGAGUACAAAGUGAGGCAUUUACAAGAGUGUGGAACAUUUUAACACCAGAACAAAGGACCACAGCUCAACAACAGCAGCAAGAGCGGCAAAAACAACAGCAACAGGAAGCACAAGUUGGAUAUCUUAUUGAUCUUCAAAGUCCUACAGACAAGAUACCUCAGCCAGUUAACCCACAGGUAUUGAUUCAUAAAUCUACUAAUUUACACCACUAACAUUAAUUUUAAACAAAUCACUUAAAAUAAUUUAUACCUGUCCACUGUCAGGGAAAAGUGAGUCUUCAAUACGACAACAUCAACAGAUUCAAGACUCUGUUUUAGGUGGAGUUGUUCCCGGCAGAACAAGGGUGCUAUCAAAACAGUGAAAUGCUUGACAGCAUAAAUUAACAUGGACCUGUCUUAAUUAUAAUAAUGAAUUGGCUUCUCCAUGCAGAUUCCAGCAAACACAAAUAGCCUUCUUCCUUACCCUUAGAGGUAGAGAGUAAUAUGAGACAAAAAUUAUUUAAUAAUUGAUAAACUCUACCUGGUAGUGUAUUAUUUUGUAUCAUUCGAAGUGAUGUAGAAUCUUAUGAUAACCCUGUAGAGAAAGCACAAUUAUAAAAAUAAAUUUGACUCAGGGCCUCUCAACUGUAUUUUUUACAGCUGUUUCAGAUAACACAAAGCCUGCAAAGUCAAAAACUUCUUUGGAUUUUAGGUUUUUCUGUGAUGUCAAUCAAAAUGUGAAGGCUUGGCACUUUGUGUGCUGGACCUCUUAGGAAACGGAAGUUUACUUUAAUGGGUUCAAAAGGUCAUGGUUUGUUAUUUGAGAUUGGUGGAUUUUGAUCUGUUUUGUGUGUUUCUGUGUUUCUGUGUUUCAAGGUUCGUUGCUUUUCAACUUUUUAACUCCCAAGUUUUUUUACCUUCUUGCUAAAACAUGGUGAAAUUGUUCCUAUGCCAGCUUCCAAAUCCAGAAGAAACCCAAAUAUACAUGUAGGAGGGUGAAAACAAAUCGGUAUGUUCUGGCCGACAUGAAAAUUUGAAGCUUCUGCUUAUUAUUGCCACCUUUAUUUGACAAGCAACAAUUAGAUGCUAUGGUAACAGUUUGAUUGAUGUUGAAGAAAAACCCAAAAUCCUGAGAGGUUUUUGAUGAUGUGCAGGUUGCGUGUUAUCUGAAACAGCUGUAAAGGGAAUACCUGCCAAGUUUGAGCAUUUAAUAUGUUGCUAAUGAACAAAGAUAUCGUAAAGUACUGACGGCUGUAAUUGUAAAAAGAUGAAAAUUUGUUAUGAUCCAGUUUUUUUUACAGUUGCCAUGGCAACAUAAUGAUACCAUUAUGUUUUGUAUUUGACUUUGUUAAAUAGUUAAAUCCUGUGUACAUUCUACUUCUUCAGUCAUUCAUUCAGGCAAGAACCUAAACAAAAACGUUGUUAUUUUCAUAUUCCAACUUAUCCUUUAAGUUACAUGUGGGUAUGAUCUGAGUUUGUGUGUUCUAUUGUACAUUUGAUAUUGCAGGUACAGCAGCAACCCACACAAGUAUCCAUGUGGGACAGCAUUCAGACUGUUCCAUGCACAAAUCAACUGGCAUCUGAAACAGCUGCAGCACACAGUAUUUCAUCUCCAGACGAUGAUAAAGAUACAACUGGGCUUAGAAGAUCCCGUUCAACUUCUGACAUAACAAUGGAUGUGGAAAGUAAGUUAUUGCAACAAAACUACUCUGGUCUUUUUAUUUUAGCCACCUAAAAAUCCUUUUUAUGUAGUCUGCAUCUCGCUUAUGUUACAAGUAGCAAGAAAAGAUUGAGACUGAGUGGUGUUUGCUUUUGUAGCAAAAAUAAUUUUAACCUCAAAAUUUUCCUCCAGAAAAUAUCUUCCUUCAAUUCUAGUGAGUAUUUUCAUCUACAUAUGAGUCUCCUACUCUAGAAUCUUCAAGCCCUUUUCCAAUUAUGCACAUAAAGGUAAUUUGGGCUAAUUUGAAAACCACCCAUUCAAGCAUUUUAUUUACUGUUAUGUUGAACUACCAAAAGAAAACGCAGUUGAAUCAUUUUUUCCUUUGAUAUUAAGGUCAAAGGUCACUGCUCUAUUCAUGAGAUCUGAGUGCACUGUGUAUUGUACUUGAUGUGUAUUAUGACUUUGGCACAGCAUGUACAUUAUGCUUACUUUGUGCCUUUAAGAACCUGAAAUCAACAGAUAAUUCAUUAAUUGUGGAUUAUAGAUUAUGCUGUUUGACAGCUAGGUAAAUUGUUGAUUAAUAAUGGUUGCUUAAUGGUUGCUCUUUAAUGUUGAAUCAAGAAAUGCAUUUUCAUGCAUUGUAAGAAAUGUUUAACCAUAUUUCUUAUUUUGUUACCUGCUAAACUUGUUACUGAAUAUAAAGUUGUCAGUGGCUUAGGGAGUUCUUUUUCUUGGUUAUUUAACAUUUUAGCUUCAGGUGGUGAAGUAUCCAGAACAAGGUCAGUAGAGGAACUGCAGAUGUCAUCACCCAGCAGCCCUCAGUCUGAUAGUCAUGUGACCAGUUCAAUAAAAACCUCAAAUAAAAAUACUGAUAGCAAGGUUGACUGGAAAGGAUUCCAAGAAGCUGUAAGUGUUAUCAGAAUGAUUAUUAUUCUUCAGUUAAUAAAACGAUCUGAGUACUUUGAAUAGGAGUCCAACCUUAGGACCGUGUAGUUGCUCUAUCAAUAAUUUACAGCAGACUCGCAGGGGUUAAAGCCAUUAUACUUGCUAGAGUUCAUGAUGUAUGAUGAUGGCGUAUGUGUAAUGAUAUAAAAUUGAAUGUGAUAGUGAAUUUAAAACCUGAUUAAUAUUAAUUUCCAUUUAGGGAUCUCUUCAAUAAAUGUUGCAGGUUUCUUCAAAAAAUUUCCAGAGGUCUCAAACAACAGUUAAAUGCAUGGAUUCAUGUUUAAAAAUGAUUUUACAUGCUGGGCCAGCAUUUAUGUUGAAUGGCACAUCAUGUUGUUUGGUGUGACCUGUUUCCUGCUGCAUGUUAUUAAUAAAGAGUUGUGAACUUUGAAUGAUUUAAUUUUCAGCUUUAUCAGAUGUCUUUAUUUCAGGCUAUGGAUUUGGGUACAUUGUAGUCUGAAAUGUCAUACAUCUCCAUCCCUAACCCAUCUGUUAUCUGAAUUCCAAGCAUUAUAAUGCUCAGCUGUUAUCUAGUAAUUUAUGCAUUUUUGCAUAAAUUUCAAUUUCCUAACAAGUUCUUUCCCCUACGCCCCCCACACAGGUAAGGAGGUAUAGGUAAGGUACAUUGUUAACCUUGUAAAUAUUGCUUACAGGUGAAAGUUUCCCAUGAACUUAGCAGGUCAUGUGCAAUGUGUAUGAACUAUGAGAGACAGUUGCAGAAAAUGCAAGAGGAAAACCAAAAAUUUCAAAACCUGGCCUCCAACUUACAAGUUGAAUUAGAUCGAGAAAAGGUAAAAGAUAAUAACUUACAAGUUACAAGUUUUCUUCUUACAUCUUAUGAUCAAUAACAAUAAUUUUUUUAUGAAUACCAGUUUUGCAUCAAAGCAAGUAGUGUUUACAGUACUGAAUCAAGAAUUAAGAAAAUAUUUUUUUCUGAGUUUUUCUAGGAGAUCAUUCCAUAUUGUAGAUCCAUUGUAUGACGGCAGCCUUAAUUGACACUUCCUUGAAUAUUUCUGCUUCAUAUCUAGACAUUUGCAUUCUGACGUAUGAAGUUAUAAUGUAAUAAUUAGCACUGUCACUGUCUUCCUAUUCACUUUCUAAUAACAUUUCCUCUUUUGUCAUUUUGGUUUAACUUUGGUGUCAAUGGUAUGUGGUUGUUCUUUUUUAUUAGCUUUCUAUCAUGGAUAAUAUUAAACUAUAUUUUUCCUCAUUCAAACUCUUUUCAGAAAGAACUCUUUAAAGAACAAAAAAUGAGGAGUAAAGUAGAGGAAAGUGUUGCUCGUGCAGCUGAAGAUGCUCAGACGCAAAUCAACACUCAAGUAGCAACAAAUGCCAAGUUGGAAAGGUUACUUACUGGGCUACGUCAACAUUUUGAGGCAACCAAACAAGAAGCACAUAGUCACAUAGUAAGCUCUGAAUUUCUCAGCUGCAUUGGUUUAUUAUCUUUUUUAAGUACUAUUUGGCAUUAAAUGUAAAAUAUGAAGUUUGCAGUCCUCUCAUAAGAGGACACCCUUAAAUGGCCAAAGCAAUAGUGUUGUUUUAGUGGACAGGACUAUGAGCAAUGUAAAUACUUCUAUCCUCCAGGGCUGUCUGUAUGGGAUGCCUGCAGUUCAUUACAGGGUUACCCUGAAUAUUAUAACAAUUCAUUGCCAGCAAUUAACAACUGUAUAGACAGACCUGCUGGGUGGAGUGAGAUAUUGUGGGGGUAAAGUAACUUAGGAGGCUACCAUCCCUUUUGCUUUUUCACACUCUGUCACAAAAUGCAAUCUUGUAAUUCAGGUCUUUAGAGGUUAUUCAUCAGGCCAGGAGCAGUAUAAGACUGCUAACUCACAUCUGACAUUAUUGACUACAUCAAUAACCGCAGGGAGAGUCACUCAACAAACUUUUAUAAAGUGAUGCUCCCUUACCCUUUUUUUAUAUACUAUUUUUGACAGAAAAGGAUUUCCUUUGUAUUUUCUUUUAUUGACAAAAGGUUACCCCUUCCAUAUGAGUCGCUAAAACAGGAAGUCCUCAAAGUCUGUCAUUUUCCAGUACUUUCUUACUUACUUAGGCUGGGAAUCAUCCCAAGCCAAAAAAAAUUCCAAGUAAGAUUUAAUGAAUUAAAAUAAUAUUGCCAUUCCGACGUCUUGUGAACACGUUUUAACUAAAGGACCUUUAAAAUACUUAAAUCGAUAGAUUUCACUUCUCUUUCACAUCUUCAACUUGUGAAUUUCCACCCCUUUGAUAUACACUGUGCCUAAAGCCUGAAGAAAAAGGCACCAGACCACUUUCGGUAGGAACCUCCCUAUGUAGGCCAUUAUAAAUAAUAGCUUAAGACAUUGUUUACGUUAAUAUUAUUUUUCUCAAGUUAAAAACACAUGUGGGAUCUUUCUCUUAUAGACUAAACUUGUCAAGUCUAGGGAUCACCUAACUGAAGAGGUAAGUGAGUACACUUUCAGGUCAGUUAUACCUUAGUUUGUUCUGUUACAUAAAACUGAUCAUGUAACCCUGCUGAUGAAAUGCAGCCAAUCUCACGACAUUACUUGAACCAGGGGCACCAAACAAGAAUAUAGUUUAAAACCACUUAAUCAUAUCAUUGUUAAACAUAUUUUAGUACACCUUUUGCUGUUCAUUAUGAGAAAAUAGGCGACCAAUAGUGCGAAGAUACAUUCAUUAGCGCGAAAAUACCAACACUCAAUUGAUUGUACAAGCACAUUAAUGUUUGUCUUAUCCAUUCUAAAGCUGUCCAGGAAUCCUAUUGAAUUGCAAACAGUGUCAUAAAAAUGUUAAUGAAUAGCGUUUGCACUGAAAUGUUUGUCUAUUGUCCCUAAUGAUUUUCAAGGUAAUGUUAAGGACUCGAAUGUUGGCAUUAAUGAAAGUAUAUUUUUCUCUUUUGUAUGUCGAAUGACGCAAAUGAAUGCCCAAAAAUGUUAUUGAAUGUUUAUUAAAAUGCAGAAAUCGUUAUUGAAUCUGAUUUAUGCGCAAAUGUUCGCUUUUUCGCGCUAAUGAAUGUAUCUUCGCGCUGUUGGUCGCCGUUUCACGCAAAUGAAUGCGUGUUUUCUCGUAAUGAACAGCAAAAGGUGUAGUAAACGGUAGAUAUAGGCGUAUUUUUAUCCCCUAAAAAUUUUCCAUCUUUUCGGAUUUUCUAGCUGAAAGUCUGGUGAUCCGAAAAUUAUAGGAAUCAACCUUUUCAAAAAUUUCAGGCAGAAAAAAGGCUCCCAAAAAUUCUAGGUGACCUUUUAAGGGUAAAAAUCGGUUAAAAAUGGGCAAUUAUACCAUUUUUUAAGUGUUCGAAAAUCCUAGGAGAGGCAGGCAAGCAAGAAAUUUUACAACAAAUGUUCCCGAAAAUUCUAGAUCUCAAUUCGUCUUCCGAACAGAUUUAUUGCGAAAAUUGACGUUGGGUGCCCCUGUUGAACGUUUAAGUGCAGUAAUGUACAGUAUUGUUAACAGCUGUCUCGAAAUGUUCAGUUCACAGAUUAUAUUUUGAACAGUAAGUUCAGCAAUGCUACCAGUCUAAUUUUUUUCUUUUUCUUUUGUAAUUCCUUGUUCUCCCUUCUAAGUAUUUUUUGUGGGGAUGCUUGGAAUUGAAUGUUUCAUCGCUAACAAAACUGCGCAUAGACACGGCUAUUAUAAUGAGCGUGAUUCGAAAACCUGUGUUCUCGUCCCUUCACAGCAAAACAAUAAGCUGGCGUUUUCAAAAAUUUCGGUGUACAUUGAAUGUGUGGACUUAUAAUUAUUUAUUUGAUUUGAUCUUUAUUAGAUUCAAUUAAUUUUACCUUCCAUAUUAUAAUAUACAAAGACUUAAGUCAAACCCAAAGCAGGGUAUUUCCCUUUGGCAGCUAUGAAUCUGGCCCUUGGCUAUACUUUCAUUGGAAAAUAGAAGAAAAAUAGAACCGAAAGAAACCCCUAGCUGCUUGAUUCCCUGCCUACUUGUUGUAUUUACCCGGCAACUUGAAGUCUUAGUGACAAAUACCCCUGCCCAAACACAUGGCGCUCUUUUAAACAAAUUACAACUAUGAUAAUAAAAAGGAGACUAUUCAUAAUGUAGCUUUAAAUGGGUUACAAUUCACGUUAUGUUACUUUCAGCUGAACCAGUUAAGAACAGAUUACACUGCUCUUCAAGAUAAUGCUAUUCAACAACUGACUCAAAUGGAUUCCGAUGCCAGACUAAAUGAAAUGCGUGAACAGCUGAUGCAGAUACGAGCUGCAUCUGAGAGCACUGAGGAAAAGCUUAGAAGUGAGGUGAAUGAAUUACUUUUAUAUUGGUAAACUGAUAUACCUUCCAAAAAUCCGCUUUAAAGUUGUUAUAGAUCAGAAGGGCUAACGGAGUUUUCUCACCUGCAGCGGGCCAUUUUUAAGGUGGAGUUCCACUGUCACAUCACUUAUGUGCGUACACAUUUAAAUUUACGCAUGUAAGUACAUUAGAGGUACUGUAAUGUACCGCACGUCGCACGUUUAGAAAGUUGAGCCUUGCUCAACUUUACGUUUACGUACAGCCUUCCAUACAAUGCCUCUAUUUUAUUGAGGUACAUAAAUUAUACGUGCGUACACACGUAAAAAUUACGCUACUGUGGACAUGUACCAUUUCUGAACUGAUUUUAGUUCGGCGGCAAGAGGGUAUGUAAUAGAUUUAAUCUCCAAUCAGAAAUCAGCGAAACAAACUUGACCUUUUGUUCGCAACAGUACUCGACUCAGUCGCUCAAAAGCUCAACGUGUGGGAACGUUUAGUAAACUGCUUGAUUCGUUAUUUUGAAAGUGCUUAUGGUUUGUUUUGUUAGCAAAUGUGAUCACCCCCUGCUUUUAACUGCCGUCUGCUUCAUUAGCUUUUUUUCUAUUUCAAGGUAACUUUCCUUAAAGACCGCGUUAUAGCAGAGCAGGUUGCUAAGGACAGUCUGGAGGCAAUGCUACAAGGAGAUGUUGACAAUAUCCGAAUUGAACUUGGUAUGACCGCUUACAAGAAAUUAAUUAUCAGACAAUACCUAACCUAACCAUAACUACUCAAAUCUGAUUGGCUUGUAAUGAUCAACGGCAGUAUAUUGUCCGGGUGGUGGGGUCCAUUUGCUUUUUCUUGGUUUUCAGCUUUAGGGGGUGUUUACGUGACACCGGGGCGACUUUCGCUCCGGAGUGAGUUCACUGCAGUUGUUGUACCGGGGCGAGAAUUUCACCCCGGUACUACAUCUCGCAACGGUAUCAUGUAAACACGAAACGACCACAAGUUUCGGUGUGAAAUCAGUCUGCUGGUAGACUGGAACGGGUAGCGCAUGCACAUGUUUGCAAUUUUGAAUCUUACGUGUAUUUUAUCAACAUGAAGUGUACCUUCAAAUAAAGAGAUAUGAAAUGACCCAGUCAUAAUUUAAACACGAUAAGAAAUCGCGAAAAAGUGGGACCUUUUAGUCUUUCGUACAAUAACUCGAUUGGAAAUCCCGGUAUGAAAUAAAAAAGUCAUAGUCAUCCCGGUAUGAAACUCGCGCCGGUGCGAGUUUCCUCAUGUUAACACCCCCUUAGUUUGGUCUGUGCCGCGCGCAGCAGGCUAUUGUUGAGGAGACUUCCUGGAUACAGUCAAACCUCUCUAAUACGGACGCCGAAGGGACCGAGCAAAGUGUCCGUAUUAGAGAGGUGUCCGUAUAAAAGAGGUCACUACCAUGACGUCACUUUUAUGACUCCACUUACAGUUUUAAGUGUUCAGUCGCUAAAACCAGGCUGCCACUCGUCUUUAAACUGCAUUUAAAUUUAUUAAUUCACAAUGCAAAGACACUGUCUUGCAGUAGCAUACAACAUUGCACUUCUCAGUUACAAAGUAAGUACAGUCGUAGACAAAUCACUAUUUUAAAACGAAACGAGCUGCAGUUCAAUAGUGCAAGACAAAAGUUAGAACGUAAAGCUCGAUUGAAUUCUCAAAGCGUCUUUCGCUAUUUUGCAAGUGCCAUAGACAGUAACUAGAGUACAGAAUGUACCACAAAAGAUCUUAAUGCUAUUUGCAGUUAUUCAAGCCUUAAAAAAGUCGGUUGUGUUCCUCUAUACACCUUUCCGCGCAAACCGUUGUUUGAUUUACAGCGACUGGGCUUUUGAACUCACCUUGCAUAGCUCAUCAGCCAGACGGGAUUCACCCUGUGCAGAUUCACCUGAUCACCGCAGAGUCCGUAAUGAAGAGGUUAAGUUUAUAUGAAUUUACCCUCUGGGGCCGAGAUUUAGUGUCCGUUGUCCAUAUUUGAGACAGCCCGUAUUAUAGAGGGUUUUUGUUAAGAAAAUAUAUGAGAAUUCGCACUGAGAGGUAUUCAUUAACUGUCAAUUAACCAAGAGAUUCACCUGCAUCAUCGAUGAUGGGUCACAAAAAUUUAGUUUGAUGUUCUCUUCUGAUCAAGUCUCAUCUAGUUUGAUAUCCAUCUCGCUGCAUAUUCAAUUCUUGUCUUGAUUUUACUAUUAUUAUAUACAUCACUCUUGAUUUUGGUUACUCAGUUCUUGAAUUGAUUGCUAGUGUAGGUUCGGAAAAGGCACCUAGAAUUAUGUUUGCAUCGUCGGCAAACGUCCUCGAAUAGGCGACACGCAGGCAGUAUAGUGGAUCAUAAAUAUUCAUUAUAAAAGCAACCGACGGAGAUUACUUUCUUGAAGUACGUCAGAAUUAACAGUAGGAGCAGGUGGCAGUUUGCCAUUAACACUACAUCUUUGAGUUGGAUUGUUUACACACGACUGACGCCAAUUAACAGCCUUAUGACAUGUUACAUACAGGCCAUUUUCAAUAUUGGAGGGUUUAUGGUGGUUAGAGAGAGGGAGUGAAAUAGGAAGAUUUGUGUUUUGACUGCCUUAAUUAGGUAGAUUGACCACCAUAGAAGAAUUGACAAGAUGACGUUACAGGUGCUAGCCCUUCGUCAGAGAGAUUUAGGGGACUGUGCUUUGUGUGUGGUUUGUAUACACUCUAUCAGAUGUUGGAGCUGUUGUUGGCGGUAACUUGAAAUAUUGAUAAGCUGUGCUAUGAUUCUCCGGGUGAAGAGUGUGGUCCUGAACCUGAGGAUUUUGUUGACAGUGACUAACGUUUAGACAUCUUCAAAGUCGGUCAAAGCACCUUGUAUCACGUCAGUUGAUGGUAUCAAACUCAGCUGGUUAUUGAGUGGCGAUGUUAUUAAUCGUCUGUCAGUUAAACCGCUAUGUUAGUGGCCUCGUGAAAACUCUAAAUGUGAUCGGUGUGUUUCGAACUAAAGUGCCAGUAACUUUUAAAAUUGAUUCAUUAGACUACGAGCAGUCUCUCUCUCACAGUCUAUCGAUUUAACAGAGUUUGUUAUAAGUUAUUAAACCAGCUUUAUAAAGUGAGUCGUUCACAGUAGUUUGUAGAAUACGUAAUGCAAGUCGCAGCAGAGUGCCAAUCAAUUUGAUGAUUCUUCUAUAAAUGUUGUUCGUCAUUGUGGUUGUUGACAUCACCAUUUCUUGUUGUUCUUUUGUGUUCAGUUAGUCGAGUUCUUUGGUCUGUAUGCAGUGGUAGUAAGUUCAAAAGUAGAUUUCUUAAUAGCAACUCCUCGCUACGGUAUAGCUCUACUACGGCUGUUGUAACCGGGAAGGGCUGGGGCGACUUAAGGGGCGACCACGCGGUCUCCCGCCAAAACUCAAAAUGGUUAAAGGUCAAAUGAACCAAAACAUGUCAAUUUUUUGGUUCAUUUGACCUUUAAGGUUGGUUAAGUUACGCUCGGUGCGGCAACGUCACAACCGACACAAAAUGUAAACAAACUCGGACGACAGGACUAGUAUUCCCGUCUAGGUUUUGGUUGAUUUCUCUUCAAUGGUUUCGUUUAAAGAAAUAACAGACCUUACUGUGCUCAAGUUCUUAUGGCAUGAAUUUUAUAAAUGAUGCUGAAUUUCUGUUGUUAUAUAAUUCGUAUAGCUCAGAAAACCUUUAUUUGCCAUAUCAUUUGUAUCCCGAGUUCGACCUUCAAAAUUUCAACGAAGAUGAAUGUCUAACAGAAUUUCGUUUCAAGAAAGCUGACAUCCCAAGGCUUGUACGGGCUUUACAAAUCCCUCAGAUACUCAGUACCAAGGAACGAUUUGCGACGGGAUUGAACAUUUAGUCUAAAUCUGUCGAGAUUGAAAUAAUAUAGAUGUCACACAACUUUGAACAUCGCUCGCUUUAAAUGUGCGUUCGCUCGCUCUAGCGCCGGUAAAUUAUAAAAAUUUUAUUCUCAAAGCGAAACAAGUUGUUAAGAACAUCCCUGGCAGAUAAGCCAAAAGAUAAAAAUAUUUUUUAAUAGGUACUCAUGAAAUUAAGUCUUGACAAUCACUUAUUGAAACUAAUACUUCCAUAAGCUUACAUAGGCUCUCUUACGAGGCUUUCUUGUCUGCAGCCAUGAUUAUAAGGUAUCCAAAUCCUUUGAGUUUUCCCUUAAAUAACAAAGCAAUAAUACCUAAGGAAUAUAACCAAGUAUGACUAAGUACUUAGUCUCUGAAGUAGGCUUCUCAGAAAAGCGAAAUAAGCUUUAAAAUGGCAAAGAAAUGACAGUUACGGCAAAGAAGGCAAAAAAAUGAAAUGAGCAGACGUUAUCGUGAAAGCAGUUUCAUUCCAAUAUGUACAUUCACAGAGUGUUAUUUAUACUCCUCAAUAACACAAAAUGGUGGAGCUAUUAUGCCUCAAAUUACUUUGAAAGCCGCAAAGCAUUCUGCAUUUAAGUUAAUAGUGGAUCAACUCUUUUAA